UUUGGAAAGCGAGUCUUCAGGACUUCAGGCCCCAUGACAAGAGUUUAAAAAGUCGAGCUUUACAAAAAAGAUCUGAACCAUCCUUUGAUUCGUCAGGACAUUGUCAUUUGCACCUCCCAGUUUCCACUAGAAAUGCAAAAACACACACAGGCUCCACUCCCUGUAAUUGCUAUAUCCUCCUCUAACCAUGGGAGGGAUGAUAUUUAAUGGAAAGGCUUUUAAGCGGUAAAACCUGCCAGGUUUGAUCCACACGACAUUUUAUUACAAGAAAGAACGCAGUGUCCUUACUGCUGAACUCCAAAAUGAAAUCCUACCUAGUGGUCUGUUGGUUGUAUAUGAUGCUCCUUGACAUCUUUCCAGACACUUUUCAAGUGGCCAGUGUUCUGGUUCAACCAAUACCAACUCUUUCACAAGAUGUGGUCGUACCGGUCACUACCAACACGGUGUACCUUCAGAAGCCAUUUUGUUACUUUCAAACAGUCAGUGAUCCAUUGUGUGAUUCCCCAAACACAUGUAGUGUAUGGCUGGUGUCUGCACUGAGCACAGCAAAAGGCACAUUUGACAGCGACAAAACCGCUCAAGGUUUCGUUAACGUCUCUCCAUACCCAACUGCGUUCAGUCCUGGCGCGAAGAAUUACUUUAUGACCAAACUUAAUCCACAGACUGAUUACCCCUGCCCACCCUUUAGUACUCCUACCACUUUCCAAGUUGGAGCAGAGGGUACUUGCAGUAGCGCUAACUGCAAUGGUGUGUUGCCUAAUGGCUCGACUAUGAGCUUUAAGUAUGUACUUGUCAGUGCAGACAAUACACUUGUUGCAGAGACAAAUUGGUCUGACAACAUUACCCUCAACACCGUAAAAGAUCCAAACAGUCUUGGUAGCGGUUAUGCUGGAAGGUCUGCCGCAAUGGUGGUGAUCACGGCAAUUCUUGCCACUGCUGCGGCUCUGCUUUUGCUGUUGCUGCUGAUUGCCUUGAUCCUGGCCUGCUGCUACAGCAGAGGGAAAACACAGUCAAGCGGGGCGAGACGUCAGACUUCAUUGAUAGGGUCCCUCCGUAUCCCCAGCUAUGACUUGCACCACCUGAAAAAGCCUUCCCCCUACGACAACCCUGUAUACGAGCAAGACCUGAGGAGGAAGUACACCACGAAUCCCACCCUGCCCCAGAAAACCACCACGGUCAUCACCACGGUCAACUCUGACUCUCCGGGCACCAUCACCACGCAGAAAAUGUAAAAGAAACUGGAGAAACUCUACGAAUUUCACGGCAUGCAGGAUAUCAGACACUUUAGGAAAUAAUUUGAUCAAAUGCAAAUGUGGCUAAAAUCAUGGGAGGCAAAGCACAACAUGAAAGACUACUAACUAGUUUGAUGUCUUUAAUUUGACUCUGAGAUGAAUUUGAUUUUUAAUGUAUGUUUUACUGAAAUAUUUCAGAUUUGAUCACCUUUUUCUCACAGAGGUCUGAUUUGAAGAUUUCACUGUUAAAAUUCUCUUUAAAACUCCUAUUACUACUACUGCAAAUAUUAAAAAUAUUAAAAUUAUAAUAGUGAUAAUAAUCUUUAUUUAAAUCGCACAGUCUUUGUGUUUGUAAUAAAGCCCAAUAUAUCAAAUAUGAAAACCGCAGUAAAUCUGUAAGUAUAAUUAUACUUGUUGGGGGAAAAAAAAAAAAAGCUAAAUAGUAAAAUACGCUAAAAUAACUCAAAUUAGGUCAGGUUAAAGAAGUACAUUUUGGCCUGGGUUUACAAUUUAUAACUUUUUGGAGAAAUUGUACAGAACCACCUUGACCAAAAAUGCUAAAAUGGGCUAACAAUGAAUUCAGGGUAGCAGUACGACUUGUUUAAUAGUAAAUCUCCUCCUUUAUAAUGAAAGAAUUUCUACAAUAUUACCAAAGAGUAUGUUAUAGAAGCGGUGUUGGGGCUUAAUAGGCAAAUGUUGACCGAAACGGUGUACAUAGCAGUAAAUAAAAUAAAGGUUUAUACAGGGGUGGAUGAAGUACUAAGAAAUUAUGAAUUAACUAAGUGAAAGUAUAGACAGUAUGGCAGCGUCUGAUUAAAUUAAGUUUAUGUCAGGCUUUCUUGCUAAGCGUAAGUGUAGUCAGUUAGAUUUUUGUUUCUAUUUUGCUGUCUAAGUUUGAAAUAUUUACCAUUAGCUAGAAUUUAACUUGCUGCCUAACUAGUUGUGCUAGCUAUUUAAUCAGUGCUAGUGUCACCUGGCAUUAGUAAAGGAAACAAGCUGACUUAGUUAAAUAUAGCCAGUUAAUGUUAGCAAAACUUAUGUCAACAUACCUCUAGUUUUCAAAUUAGAUGGAGUUCAUGCCUUCUAGAGAGGCAAAAGAGACGGCUCAUUUGAUACGAGUCUUUGCUUACUCCAGUAUAUUGAAAAGUUUUACUGAGGUAUACGCCAGUGGCUUAUCCAUACUUAAUACUUAAGCAGAGUAAUGAAGUACAAUUAUUCAAUUAUUUUCCACCGUUUGAUUGAUAAGUCUUGUGUGUAUUUACAUUCAGUGGAACCUGUGUGUAGACAUAUUGUACCUAUUCUUCUAUUGCCACCGCUUCGAUUACUGAAAAUAGACUUAACUCCAAUGUACCAAUGUACCAUUUUAAAUGGCAUAAGUCAAAUAUAUCAGAUAGAUCAGUAAUGUCUGGUAGAAUAACCAGAAAAGAACAAAUGCUGAAAUGAACGCUGCACUGCUUUUAACUUUCAAGGCAAUAUGAAAUAAAUCAGAAUGUUUACCAAAA